AUGGCACUGUGCGGACUACUAAUCAUCAUUGGGAUAUUUCGUAAUGGGAUAUACUGCUGCAAGACCCCAAAUGAUUUUGUUGGAGCUAGAUCUCGAGGGGACAUUAUGAUUGGUGGAUUGUUAGCCGUACAUGGUAGAAUGAUGACUUCACAUAAAGGAUAUCCAAAAAUACCUGUUAUAGAGAGUUGUGCAGGGUAAGUAUCAUUUUCUGACAUGGGUGGCGUUGUAAAAUAGAUAUGUGGAUUAUGAUGAAUAAAAUGUGAGCACAAGAUUAUUUAAUAAAUAAAACACUGAAAGGCACUGCGGAUUUGAUUUAAAUCAAGUCGCUUUCAAUCACAAUUUAAAUCAUCAUUUAAAAUUACUAGACAGUAAGACUCGAUUUAAAUAAUGAUUUUUUAACGUAAAUACUCAUUUUUGCUGGUUGUAAUAAUUUUUAAUUUUUAAUAUUUGCAACCAGACGAAGAUUUCACAUUUAGAAUAUUUACUUUUUCAGAUUGGUUAUCAAUUAUAUUAAGACUGAUUUUGUUUUAUCAUUAGAAAUAGAUAACGAUGAAAUUAUUGCAAGGUAAAUGAUUUCUAGUUUGACAAGUUAAUCACUCCUAUUUAAAGAACAAUUUAAAUUAAAGGUAUUCAUUGUGUACAUAGAUUUGCAAAAUAACAUUUGGAUUAAGAUCCUUUUCUGACUUUGUAUCAUACCAUUUUUGCUGUGAAAUAGUGCAUGUUAUCUCUGCUGACCUCAAGUGUAAUUAACUUGGAUUAAUGGGAUUCAAUUAUGAAAAUGUAAAUAUUAUUUGAAUAUACAUGCUAUAUAACUAUUAAAUAUUUCAGGCUGAGUAACAUUUAGACUAUCACGUGUCAUAAAUAGAAAACUUUAUUUAGAUUGAUUUCUCCUUCAAAAUCAAUUUAAAAAAAAAAAUCAGAUUUGUUUUUAAUUUAAAAAUAAUCAUGAGUUUUAUUCAAAUAUAUGUUACGACCAAGUAGUAAAAAAAACCUCUAAAAUAAAUGCUCAUUUGAAAAUCAAUUUUAAUGAUUAGAUAUCACUGAUCCUGAUUAUUUCUAAAUAAAUAAAAUAUAAAUAAGGUGCAGCCCAUGUCUUUUAACCCCUUAAUGGCUAAGGCAGUUGUACAAGUUGUGAUCAAAACAAAAUGUAAACAAAACUUUGAAUUUGCACAAUAUGUCUGUUCAACCAGAAUUCACCUCUGUGUAUAUAUAAUUUUUAUUUAUUUUUUUAUUAUUUUUUUUUUAGUUUGUUUAUUUUAUAAUAUAUAUAUAUAUAUAUAUAUACAUACAUACAUACAUACACAAAAUAAAGAAUCCAGCGCACUCGCUUAUUCACUAAACAAUGAUUUCAAAUCUUAGAGAUUGUAAUAGUUUUAUUUAAAAACACCUCACCUAGGCAAAAAAUGAUGGGGGUUUAGUUACAUUAUAUGAUCAUACAUUGCAUAAGCCUGCCAAUUACAUCAAAGUACCCCAUAUUCGGAGGUGUUUUUAAAUAAAACUACUACAAUCUCUAAGAUUUGAAAUCAUUGUUUAGUGAAUAAGCGAGUGCGCUGAAUUCUGUAUUUGGUAUAUUUUGGCCCCAGCAGCACCCUAUAAUGUAUGCAUGUUCAGGUGAGUUCAGCCCUCUUGGUUAUAUAUAUAUAUAUAUAUAUAUAUAUAUAUAUAUAUAUAUAUGUGUGUGUGUGUUAAAUUAAUAUAAUUCUAAGUGUAUUUUAAAAUUUAUAUAUAUUAUAUAUUAAUAUUGACAUUAACUUAAAGACAUAGUGUAUAUAUAUAUAUAUCUAUAUAUGAUCGAAGUAUAUAUAAUUUACUUUUACACUGUUUUUAAACUUUAUUGAACUUUCUUCUAGGCAUCAGGGGGAUUGCCUGUCAUUCCAGGCAGGUCCCCUGCAGGCACUGCUGUGCACGGCUAUUCUGUCCAUGUGAUAGCGACCUCAUAGUGAUCACAUGGCCCGGGAGGGCCAGAUCAGCAGCAAGGGGACUACCUGGGAUGCCAGGCAAGCCCUCCCAUCACGACCGCCGAUGUGGGAUUGCUGGCAAGCUGGUACAGUGCCUUGGAAAACUAUUCACCCCCCUUGACUUUUUACCUAGUUUGUUACAUUACAGCCUUAAGUUCAAUGUUUUAUUAAUCUGAUUUUUAUGUGAUGGAUCAGAACACAGUAGUCUAAGUUGGUGAAGUGAAAUGAGAAAAAUAUAUACAUAAAACUAUAUUUUAGAAAUAGAAAACAGAAAAUUAGCAUGUGCGUAUGUAUUCACCCCCUUUGUCAUGAAGCCAAUAAAAAGCUCUAGUGCAACCAAUUACCUUCAGAAGUCGCAUAAUUAGUGAAAUGAUGUCCAUCUGUGUGCAAUCUAAGUGUCACGUGAUCUAUCAUUACAUAUACACACCUUUUUUGAAAGGCCCCAGAGCAACACCUAAGCAAGAGGCACCACUAACCAAACACUGCCAUGAAGACCAAUGAACUCUCCAAACAAGUAAGGGACAAUGUUGUUGAGAAGUACAAGUCAGCGUUAGGUUAUAAAAAAAAUCCCAAACUUUGAUGAUCCACAGGAGCACCAUCAAAUCUAUCAUAACCAAAUGGAAAGAACAUGGCACAACAGCAAAUCUGCCAAGAGACGGCCGCCCACCAAAACUCAAGGAGGGCAUUAUGAAAGAGCAGCACAGAGACCUAAGGUAACCCUGGAGGAGGUGCAGAGUUCCACAGCAGAGACUGGAGUAUCUGUACAUCGGUCGACAAUAAGCCGUAUGCUACAUAGAGUUGGGCUUUAUGGCAGAGUGGCCAGAAGAAAGCCAUUACUUUCAGCAAAAAACAAAAUGGCGCGAAAAGGCAUGUGGGAGACUCUCAAAAUGUAUGGAGGAAGGUGAUCUGCUCUGAUGAGACUAAAAUUGAAAACGCUAUGUCUGGCUCAAACCCAACACAUCACAUCACCCAAAGAACACCAUAUUUUUCAGCAGCCGGGACUGGGAAAUUGGUCAGAGUUGAGGGAAAGAUGGAUGGUGCUAAAUACAGAGAUAUUCUUGAGCAAAACCUGUACCAGGCAAGGACGGAGGUUCACCUUCCAGCAGGACAAUGACCCCAAACACACUGCUAAAGCAACACCUGAGUGGUUUAAGGGUAAACAUGUAAAUGUGUUGGAAUGGCCUAGUCAAAGCCCAGACCUCAAUCCAAUAGAAAUCUGUGGUCAGACUUAAACAUUGCUGUUCACAAGCGCAAACCAUCCAACUUGAAGGAGCUGGAGCAGUUUUGCAAGGAGGAAUGGGCAAAAAUCCCAGUGGUAAGAUGUGGCAAGCUCAUAGAGACUUAUCCAAAGCGACUUGGAGCUGUGAUUGCGGCAAAAGGUGACUCUACAAAGUAUUGACUUUAGGGGGGUGCGCACUUAUGCACAUUGACUUUUUCUGUUAUUUUGUCCUAUUUGUUGCUUGCUUCACAAUAAAAAAAAAUCUUCAAAGUUGUGGGCAUGGUCUGUAAAUUAAAUGAUGCAAAUCCUCAAACAAUCCAUGUUAAUUCCAGGUUGUGAGGCAACAAAACACGAAAAGUGCCAAGGGGGUGAAUACUUUUGCAAGGCACUGGAAGUGCAUAGGAUGGCGGGGACGUACUAUGCCACCCACUGGCAUUUAGGACCCGGUUCCCAAGGGCGGCAUAGUACGCCCGCUGUCCUUAAGGCAUAAUUUUCCUGCUUGGAUUAUUGCUGUUUACUAAAAAUAUGAUCUCAAUAACAGUGUAAUUCUGAUUUGCAUGUUUAUGAAAUUUGAACGAUCAUUUACUAUUUUGCAUUUUUAUUGUUUUAGGUUUGAAAUACAAGGCUUACUGCAAAUGUUGGCUAUGAUUCAUGCUAUUGAGACAAUAAACAAUUCCUCACUCAUACCAGGAAUAAAACUUGGGUAUGAAAUUUAUGACACUUGCUCGGAAACUAGACUGGGUGUAUUGGCAACAAUGAGAUUUCUUACAACAUUUAAUUCAACGGAAGACACUUUAAAAUUUCAAUGUAACUACACGGACAAUACACCGAAAAUUAAGGCCGUCAUUGGAGCCAGUUAUUCAGAAGUUUCUAUAACUAUUGCAAAAAUGCUAAACACACAACUUAUUCCACAGGUGGGUGUUCAAUAAAGUAAACAUUUAUUUUUAUGUUGGGAAAUGUAUACUGUCAUUUUCUUAAAUGCAUUUAACCUGUAGUACAGUGGUGCUCAAAAGUUUGCAUACCCUUGGUGAACUGUUAAUGGAUGUACCAUUUUCAAAGAAAACAUGAGUGAGCAGGCAAAACACAUUUAUUUUAUUUCUUUUUUUUUUUUUUUUAUUCUUUAUUUUUCCAUCUUGGCGGACAAAAUGAUACAACAUUAGUUUACAGGCUUACGCAGAAGCCAUAGAGUAAGUCAUUUACAUGUACUUCAUUUCAAAACAUCUUGUAACAAAGCGUGCUAUACAUUAUUGCUAUCAUCGUUUCUGUCCGUCAAGGAAUUUUUAUGAAUUUUUUAACACAAAAGUAAACUCAAGUAAGUAAAUAGGUUGAACUAGGUUUAACUUUCCAAAUCACUCAUUGUCAUCAAGUACUCCAGUGGUCUUAGUAGCUGCAUCUAGUAUAACCAAGUAUCAACGAUUGGGCUUGCGCAGAAGCCAAAGUGUGGGUAACCUCUUAACAGACACAUGAAGUUCAAUCUUUACAGAAUGUGCUUAUAUUCAAAGGAUCCAUGGGGGUUUAUCCUCUUUAAAGGAUUUUUAAUAUUGUAAUUCCCUAGUUCAAUUUAUCGGUUUGUCUGGGAUAUUUAGGUGUGGGAGGGAAGCGUCCCUGACCCAGCGGCAAUUUGAGGUCUACCGAUGAGCUAUAUACUGUUUCAUAUGUCGUGUAAGUCUUGUGUCGUUAUUAUUAUAGCUAUAUUGUCAGUAUCUAAUCCGUGGUUUGAUAGGUCCUUAGAUAUAAGUAGAGGAUUAAUAGUCUGAGGUUUAUCUGGGGUAUCUAGGGUUCCCUUUACGUUCGUUACGUUGACCUUGUCUGAGGAGGUUGAUAUGCAGAGUAAGUAGCGGAUAUGAAAUGGAUUUUUCCCGUAUAGGCGCGGGAAGAGAAAAAACAAGAGUUAAGAAAAAAGGGGAGACUGAGAAAGUGGAGUAAGGUAAGGGAGCAUUGUGUGGUGACUGCAGUGACCUAGAGGUGGGGAGGGAGGUACGUCCAGAAGGUGGCGGGGGGCAACAGGUUCAGCCCGAUCUCACUCGGCCAAGAAUGUUGGUUGGAUCUCCGUGUAGGAGGACUCCGCAGCUGUUUUAGCUUUAUUGUAAAGACCCUUUUACAUCUUUCGUUUAUUCCUAUCCGACCUCUCUAGAGCCUACUGCGCUGUUAUCCCAGGGUUCCCAGAGUUUUAGAAAUGUUUCUGUUGAUCCCUUCACUCUCGCUGUUAAGUCGUCCAUAAUCCUACAUUCGCGGAUCCUGGAUAUCACUAUCGGAAACUCGGGUGAGUCUGGUGAAAGCCAUCUCAUCGCAAUUGUUUUCCUUGCGCUUAGGGUUAUUUUAUGGACUAGUUUCUGUUCUCUCUUGGUCCAUCCGUCCACCGAUCUGUUUAGGAGAUAUACCCAUGGAUCUUUGGUCAGGGGUUUAUUAAAUGUUUGUUUUAGUAGGUUUUCUGUCUCUUUCCAGAAUCCAGAAAGUUUGGGGCAUUCCCACCACAUGUGAAGGUAUGUACCUCGGGCUCCGCAUCCCCUCCAGCAAUCAUCGGUGUCUGUUUUGUGCAUUUUAUAAAGUUUUACUGGGGUUGUGUACCACCUAAACAUGGUCUUCCAUGUCUGUUCUUGUAGCGUAACACAUAUGGAGGCGUUUUUAUUUGCUUCCCAGAUUUCUUGCCAUUCUACGCCUUCUAGUUCUUCUCCUAGUUCUAUCUCCCAAUGGUCGGUGUAAGAUAGUUUCCCCCAUUCUUUGGUUUCUGCGCUAAGGUGGGCGUACAUUAGGGUUAUCAUACCCUUGGGGGUCCUUUCGUGAAGGCAUAGUUUCUCGUAGAACGUCAUAUGUCCUUGAGCUGCAGCCUUUAUGUGUGAUUUCCUAGCAAAGUCUCGAAUCUGUAUAUAUCUAAAGAAAUCCGCGGGAGUUAGGUGGUUGUCUUGUUGAAGGUCCGUAAAUUGGAUUAAGUUCCCAUUAUGAUAUAAUUGAUGGAUCCGUUGUAGGCCCGUUCUCUCCAAGUUUCGGAAAUCUUUAGGAGCCAUACCGGGUUGGAACUCUCUAUUUCUUAGAAUUGGAGUCAAUGGAGAGGGGGAGGUCGCUAGUCCAUACUUGGUUCUAUUUUUGUCCCAGAUUUGGAGCGAAUUAAGUAUGGACGGGCAAGUCACCCGUAUCAAGGGUCGGUGGUCUUUCGGGAUCCACAUAGUGAACUGGGGGAUGUCCCAUCCCACCAUCAUGGAUUCUAUUUCGACCCAUCUCCGCUCUUCCGGAGGGGAAUGCCACAUAGCUAUCUGUGUUAGUUGGGCUGCAAGAUAAUAGAAGUAUAGGUUUGGGAGGCCCAGUCCCCCUCUUUCUUUUCGUCUGUAGAGAAUCUGUCUUGAUAUCCUGUGCCUCUUGUUCUGCCAUAUGAAGUCAGCUAUCGACCGUUGAAGUGGGUUCAGUUGUGUUUUGGUGACGUGGAUUGGGAGGGCUUGGAAUAAGAAUAGAAUCCUCGGGAGGAUGUUCAUUUUAACAGAGUUAAUCCGUCCUAUCCAGGAGAUGGGCUUAUCCGUCCACCUUUCUAAGUCUCCUAUCAGUUUCCUAAUUAGGGGGCCAUAGUUCUCGGAGUAGAGGCGUGUCGGGUCCGUAGUUAGGUGUAUACCCAGGUAUUUCAUAGACUCUCUCUCCAUCCUGAUACGGUAGGUCAGUUGUAUGUGAUUUAUGUCUGUCUCAGUCAUGCCAAUUGGCAUAGCGCUAGAUUUUUGCAUAUUGGCCUUAUAGCCAGACCAUUCCCCGUAGUCCUUGAUAUAAUCCUGGAGGGCCGACAUGGACGUCGAGGGGUUCGUGAUGGUCAACAGAACGUCGUCUGCGUAUGCUGAGACUGUAAACUUUUUGUCCCCUACCCGGACUCCUCCAAUAUCUGGAUGUUGUCUGAUCGCUUGCAUCAAAGGCUCCAGUGCUAGUACAAACAGGAGUGGGGAAAGUGGGCACCCCUGCCUAGUGCCGUUGUAGAGCCGAAAAGGUAUCAUCGGGGCACCAGUGAGCUGUAUCUGUGCUCUCACCUCAUGGUACAUUGCUUUUGUAGUAGUUAUGAAUUCUUUCGGGAACCCCAGGUGGUUCAGGACCGAAAAGAGGAAUUGCCAUCUCACUCUGUCAAAGGCCUUUUCUGCAUCUAUAGAGACCACUAGGGUAGGGAUUUUAGAUGUCACUUGUUUCCAGAUUAGGUCAAUAUUCCUUCUAGUAUUCUCGAACAGCUGCCUGCCCUGAAUAAAGCCUACUUGGUUGGCAUGUACGAGUGAGUUUAGUAGCGGAUUUAAUCUGUCUGCUUGUAUUUUUGCUAUUAUUUUUAGAUCUUGGUUAAUCAAUGAUAUGGGUCUGUAGUUUCCUGGUUGGAGCGUGUCUUUGUCAGGUUUAGGUAUCAGUACUAUGGUAGCUAGGGUCAUGUCUGGAGGGAGAAGUCCUCCCUGUUUCAUGUAGUCAAAGAGUUUCAUUAGUUGGGGUGUGAGUUCUUCUUUGAAGGUUUUAUAGUAUGUACCUUCGAACCCAUCCGGGCCUGGAGCUUUGUUACCUUUCAAGGUAGAUAUGGCUCUGUAUACUUCUUCCUCUGUAAUUUCGGCUGACAGGUUGUUCAUCGCGUCUCUCCCUAGUUUGGGCAGGCCGAGGUUAUUUAAGUAGCUGUUAAUAUGGUCUUCUUCACUUCCGUCAGGAGUGUGUGCGUCUGGUGUGUGGUUGUACAGUUUUUUGUAAAAGUCCUCAAAGACUUUGGCUAUCUCGUCAGGUUUUGAUUUCGUUGUUCCAUCCGGAUGUUUGAUGGCCGUGAUGUGGGAUCGUUCUUGUCUAGGUCGCAGUGUUCGGGCUAGAAGUGAGUCCGUCUUAUUGGAUUUCUCGUAGUAAGUCCGUUUCGUCCAUAUCAUGGAUUGAGCGGUAUCGUCUAGUAGGAGUGUGCGGAUGUCCCUCCGAACCGCUACCAGUUUCUUAUAAAUCUCAUUGUCGGGUGUUGCUUGAUGUUUUUGUUCAAGAUUCCUUAAUUGAUCUAACAGGGUCUCCAGUUGUUUAUGUUUCAUCUUCUUUUUCCUAGUGGCUAGUUUUAUGAGGGUCCCUCUUAUAACCACUUUAUGGGCCGCCCAUAUCGACCCUGCGCUAACAUCCGGGGUAUUAUUUGUGGUAAAAUAUUCCAGUAUUUCAGUCCGUAUCUGUUCUUUGAGCUCCGGGUCUCUUAGUAGCGAUGUGUUUAAUCUCCACGUCCACGGUGAGGCCAAACACAAGUUGCCCAAUAUAAUGGACACGUCCGCAUGGUCUGACCAUGAUAUAUUGCCAAUCGCAGAGCUCGUAAUCCUGGGCAUGCCUGUUGCGUUAGUUAGGAAUAAGUCUAUCCUGGAGUAUGUGCCAUGAGGUGUUGAGUAAAAGGAGUAAUCUCUGUCUCCUGGGUGGUGUGCUCGCCAUACAUCUGUUAGGCCCACAUCUAGUAUAAAGUUUUUGAGCAGUCGGUCUUGUCCACCCCUUCCAUGGGAUCUCGGUGUUCCGUCUUUAGUGCUCCUGUCCGCUGCCGGGCAUGGGGUGGCGUUAAAAUCUCCUCCCAUAUAGACCAUGCCAUGUGGAAGUAAGGAGAUUUUCUCUCGGAGGGUGGUCCAGAACGAGGGGUCUGGUUGGUUAGGGGCAUACACGUUAAUCAGGUGCAUGGUAUGUGAGUACAAGGUGCCCGAUACUAUAAUGUAUCGGCCGUUUGGGUCUGUUUCUUGAUUCGUCUUGCGAAACGGGCAGCUGUUCCUGAUCAGAAUAGCUACUCCGUUGCGUUUGCAUUGUGAUCUUGCUUCGUAAGAUCCUCGAAAGACGUGGUCUUUUAGGUUUAUAUUGGCUUGUUUCGAGAGGUGGGUUUCCUGGAUAUAGGCGAUAUCCGUCUUCAGUCUCUUCAGUUCCUUAAACAUAAGGCGGCGCUUCUUAGGAGCAUUAAUUCCUUUAACAUUCAAUGACGUGAUUUUAAUCAUCGCGAUGUGUUUGGUUAGGUCUUUUAUAGCCUUUCGGGAUCCUGGGUCGUUCUACGCCUGACUCAGUGUCAUGUCCCGUGCCUCUCCGGGCACCCUCCCGCCUCCGUCGCUCCUCUAGGUCGCACCACACAAAAGAAGGGAGGAAAAGAUAGAAUAGUAAAGAAGAAGAAGAAGAAAGACAUCCGAGUCGAGUCAGAUGAAGAGAUGUAGUAACUCUGGUCUUACUCUUUGCCAGGGUUUUUCUGGGAGCAUGCUCCUUCAUCCCGUCCACGAUCAACGUAAGAAGGGAUUAGGGAUAUAUGGGUUCCAUCACGCGUGUGCCUACACAAUUUGAUUUGACCUCUUAAUUCUCUUAUCCGAGGUAGUAUGUAGCUAGGGAUUUGUCCUGUCGGUGCCCCUCUAUCAGUCUUUCCCGGGUAUUAAUGUGAGGGUGUUUGGGGGGUGCGAUUAGCAGGGUUCCUCCCGCCCUUGAUCCCCGUCUCCCCGCCCCGUUUCCCCCCCCCCUUUCAAUGCGAGACUCUCCAGUUCCUCCGCCAUCUCGCAGGCGUUCAGUCAAUGAGGUCGUGUUGUAAUUGUCUGGUGUCUCUUCCCAAGGUGUUUAUCCGUCCGCCACCCCUUUCCCCUCUAUGUGGUUAGGUGUGGCGAUAUAUGUAUAUAGGAAGUGCUACUCUGACCGUCGCAAUCCUACGUGUCUAUUGUGUGAUGUUGGUGAUUCGUGGGAUCACGGGUUGGUAGUGUCAUUAUGAUCAAGCAUAGGAGGGUAUAACCGAUUUGUCUUAGUGGUAUUUAUUGUUUUUUUUUAAUUUUUUUUUUUUUUCUUUCCCUCCUCUUUUCCUUUUUCUUUUGGGGUGUGUGUGUGUAAUUUUGUGGGAGUACGGCCACCCCUCUUUCUCUGCUAUACGUAUGUAGUAAACGGGGUAAUAGAUGUUGGGAACCUGCCACUAUAUAGAGGAAUCAUGGUGUCGCGGAAGAAGGAUCUCUGAGGAAAGCCACGGGACGGGGGGAGAGUGUCGAGACCAUUACAGCGGUAGGGUUGUACAUAGGACUAAAGAGUGAACCCCUACAUGGGCAUGAGUCUGGGGUGGUCAUAGCUUGGGUAGAGUAUAGGUAACCAAUACUAUUUUCACCUCUAUCUAUUGCACCCAGUCAUAACAUUACAUAUGUAUAAAACAUCAAAAACACUUCAUACCCCCUCUCCUCCCCCUUUUUAUCUUUUUUUUUCCUUUUUUUUUUUUUUUUUUUUUUUUCCCCCUCCCUCCCUCUCCCCCUCCUCGUACAGCAGGUAGAGGAUCGUGAAUAGUAAGAGUGUUCAGAAUAUAAGGAGACAUGCAAUAUUACUGUAGCUUAGGGAAAUAGUGAUGAUAUGAUGCAGGCCUGCACGUCGAAAAAUUAGGUGGGUCCGGGUUCUGCAAGGCCCGGGUGUCAGUGAACCUCCACCUUGGUAAAAGUCUCGUGGCCCCCCACAGCCUGCGGGAUCAGUUGUCAGGUUGAGUCCUGUAAAGGGCUGCGUGAGGCCUAUUGCGGUACCCCCUUCACCCCUCCCAAUUCAAGUCGCAAGGGGGCUAGAUCCACUCCCAUAUUAGCCUCCUCGACAAUUUAGAGUAGGCCACUGACAUGCAACAUAGGGUAACAUAAUAUUGCGGGUUGUCUGGAGCCUACAAUUAAAACAGGAAUGGAGGCUUGGCUGAAAAGGGGGGCAAGAGAGGUCAGGUUACGAUGUAAGUCCUCUGAGCGUUCCAGUCAGAGUACGAAAAAGGGGGAUAGUGUCGGCCUUCAUGCCAGCGAGGGGAAAGCCCUCGAAGCCCCCCCAGAAGGAUGCCAUGUGUAGCUCUGGGGGGGGGUGGAGGGGUGCAAAACGAUAGUUUAAAACUAAUCAGUCUCCGUGGAGUGUGAGGUGGGGUUUAAGGCGGUGGGUGGUGUUGUGUAAUGUAUGUAUUAUACGAUACCCAUAGGUCUUCAGCGAUGGCCUCUAGCUCCGACUUCUUGCCACUCUGUCUGUAGUUGUUUAAGUUCGGUAGGAUACAGAGAGAUAUCUGGAAGUCGGGGGGGUGGUUGUAGACCGAGAUUCCUAAAGAAUCGUUGGGGAUCCCCUCCCGGCAUCAGGAUAUGUGAGCGGUCUCCCCGGAACACCAUAAGCUUGAAGGGGAAUCCCCAGGCAUAUUUCAGGCCUGCGUCUCGUAGGGCUGUUGUGAUAGGCCUCCACUCCCGUCGUCGUUGAAGUGUCGACGGUGCCAGAUCUUGGUAUAAGGAUAAUGUGGCCCCUGCGUACCUUAACGGUGCAUCCCGACUUUUCCCCAUCAGCGCUUCCUUCGUGCUGUAGUACAGGAAGCGGACGAUUACGUCCCGCGGGGUGUUGGUGUCGAUCUUUUGAGGUCUCAGGGCUCUAUGUGCCCUUUCCAUGUGCCACUGUUCCUCCGAUAAGGCGGGCAGGAGAGGUUUUAGAGCGGAUAGUAGUAUCCCUUUCAAAUCUUCGUCUUUCUCCUCGGGGAGACCCCGAAUGCGGAGGUUAUUUCUCCGUGACCGGUUGGCCAUGUCUUCCAAUGUUAGGUCGGUUUCCACCAGAUGUGAUGUCAUACGAUUUACUCGGUCAAUAAGCGAGUUAUGGGCUAGCGUAGUGGUUUCCAUGCGCUCCUCCAAGAUGGCCGUGCGUUUUCCCAGGGCCCCUAUCUCCGCUUGGAGAAUUGCCGUUGAGUUGGCUAUUUCUCCUGCCAAGAAGGCCCUGACUUCAGCGAGUUUGGCCAAAAUGGUGUCUUGGUCGUUGGCUGGGGCUUCCCUGGCCGCCCUCGGUGAUAUUUGUGGGGAGUUCACGUCGCCAUCUUGGCUUCCUGCACGGCCUUGUUUGUGCAUGGGGAAAUGGUCUAGGACGGAGCUGGAGGUCCCAAUUUCGGCCGUUUUUUUCCCUUGCUUUUUAGAGGGUCUUUUCUCCAUGUCGGGGGUUCCCGUGAGGGGUGAUGUAUCGGUUUUUAGGUCGCUUUUGAAUGCUUUAGGCACAGUUGCGGCGGAGCUCUACCGAAACACGUCCAGUCUCAUUGACGGCUCGGCCACGCCUAUUUUAUUUCUUAUGGGAUUCAUAUGCAACUGUUUGUUAUAACAGAGUGGCACAUUCAUAAAACAAAAUAUGGUAAAGAAAAAAAUUAAAUGACUCCUGUUCAAAAGUCUGAAUACCCUUAGUUCUGAAUACUGUGUAUUUUCCACUUUAGCAUCAAUGACAGCAUGCAGUGUUUUGUAAUAAUUGUCUAUGAGGCCCCAAAUUCUUGCAGGUGGUAUAGCUGCCCAUUGGUCUUGGCAAAAUGCCUCCAGGUCAUGCAAAGUCUUUGGUCGUCUUGCAUAAACCGCACGUUUGAGAUCUCACCAGAGUGGCUCAGUGAUAUUUAUUUAUAAAAUAUUUUACCAGGAUGGAUACAUUGAGAUUUCUCUCAUUUUCAAGUAUGUCCUGGGUCUUUGUCCACAAAAACUUCGCAUUGUUACAUUAGGAUACAAUAUUCAAACUAUAUAUAAACACACACAUAUAAAUUUACUUCAGAAGUUUCUAUAACUAUUGCAAAAAUGCUAAACACACAACUUUUUCCACAGGUGGGUAUUUAAUAAAGUAAAAACAUAUAUAUUUUUAUGUUGGGAAACGUAUACUGUCAUUUUCUUAAAUAUAUAUUACUCCAUUUGUUAUAUUACAAAAGCUAAAUAAAAGUUAAGCAAUGUAACCAUGGUUUGAGCACCUGUUUGCCACCUUACAUAGAAGCAACACUUUGAUUCAAGGGAAGCUCAGUUUAUCAUUUUGGCACCUUUAAGGUUCCUGUCACUCACCUGAGGGAACUCUUUGAAUGUCACCCUGUUUUAUAGUAGGAAGCCAUGUCCAAACAUAUUCUAUGUGCUUUAAGUAAGGUACCUGUCUAUUGCACAGUUGACUUUAUUUGUUGCAGAAAAAAUAAUUAUGUAUGCUACUUAAUUGUCAUGUCUAUACUUUCUGUCUCAGUAUACACCAUGAGGUCAGAACAGGAAAUAGUUAUCUCAUCAAUAGUUGGACUUAUGACUCCAUAUUAUAUAGAAUGUGUGACAUGCAUGACAAUUAAGUCCAUAGUUAGGAACCAUAAACAUGACACCUGUCAAUUAAUUUCACAUACCAUGAGUGGCAUUAAUGACAAUUAUUUAAGUAACAGCCAACAUCCACACACCUAUAUAUAUAUAUAUAUAUAUAUAUAUAUAUAAACAAGGAGUAGUGGGAGCAUUCAAAAGGACUUCUUUUCGAUAUUUUCUUUUAUUGUUGUAUCACAUUUGUGCAAAAGAUAUCAAUCAACGUUUCAACCAGGGACGUAUUAGCCGCGUCAUUUUUCAGGGGGCGGCACUGGCUGAUGGUCGGGCGGGCGGCUGGCAAGGGAGCUCUUCCUCUGAGCGGUCUGCUCAGCAACCUCGCAUGCCACAGAGUGAGGCUGGGAGCCGGAAUAUGACGUCAUAUGACUCUGUGGCGCGUGAGGGAGCUGAGCAGACCACUCAGAGGAAGAGCUCCCUCGCCAGCCGCCUGCCAAGCAGCCCGAUCGGCAGCCACUGGACCCCAGGGAGUUAGAGAACUCUCCCCCCCUCCCAGCAUUCCCAAAGGUAAGGGGGGGGUGUUAAAUUAAAAAAAAAAGUGUUAAUGUGAGUGAUUGUGUGUGUCUGACUGUGUGUGUGUGUGUUUGUGUCUGACUGUGUGUUUCUGUCUGUGUGUGUGUCUGACUGUGUGUGUGAGUGUGUGUUUGUGUCUGUGUUUGUGUCUGACUGUGUGUGUGUGAGUGUGUGUUUGUGUCUGUUUGUGUGUCUGACUGUGUGUGUGUCUGUGUGUGUGUGUUUGUGUCUGACUGUGUGUGUGUGUCUGACUGUUUGUGUGUGUCUGACUGUGUGUGUGUGUAUUUAGAAGGUAGGGCAGGGGGGAGGGUUGGGUGGGGGUGGCGCGGGAGGAGGUGGGCGCCUGAGUUUUGUCCUGCCUAGGGCAGCACAAAACCAGGAUACACCACUGGUUUCAACCCCUAUAUAUUGUAUGCUGGGGAUGCACCUGGGCAAGAAUUCCACUACCUACCACAUUAGAGGGUGAGUGUCAAGUUAAUCUUGUUUUUAUAUAUAUAUAUAUAUAUAUAUAUAUAAAUAUAUGUGUGUGUGUAUAUAUAUUAUAGUAGUACAUUGUAUAUAUAAUUAUGCUUAGAAUAAAAAGUUAAAGUGCCAAAGGACAAACUAGCUCUUCCCUAAACUCAAUGACUUUAGUUGUACUUGUAUACAGUAGGGUGCCAUCUUAUGAUCGUAUGCCUUUGCAAUGCUUGUAAAGUGAUCGAUUGAGAUCUUUGCAUGUUUUCUUCUCUAUAAAAAAUAGUUUUUUCCUCUAUAUUAUUUAAUUAUAUAUGGCAGCGAUGGCCUUGUAUUCAACCAAUUUAAUUUAGGUUUGUAAUCCAGCUUCUAUUCGAGAAGUGUAAAAUCUUAAAUGAAACAAACAAACAUCACAUCCCUUCAGUUGCAGUUCAGCUAGACAUUUUAUAGAAUAUUUUACUGAGUAUUUUGGGAUAUUUCAUAUAUCUAAAUUUUGAAAUUCACUUCGAAUUCCUGGCAAUUCUCAUUUUAGUAAAUAACCCUGACAGUGGGUUAUAAAAAAUUGUCAAGACUCAUAAGAAAGGCAAAUUUGCAGCAAUUGUUUUAUAUUAUCCAUUAUAUAUUAUGGAAUGGAAAGAAUGGGUCACCCAAAUGUAUUAUACUAUUUAAAAAAAAAACUUUUUUGACACAAACUACACUACAUAUAUAUAUAUAUAGAUAUCUAUAUAUAUAUCUAUAUAUAUAUAUAUAUAUAUAUAUAUAUAUAUAUAUAUAUAUAUAUAUAUAUAUAUAUAUAUAUAUAUAUAUCAGAAUUACACAGACUUAUCAGGUGAAACUAUUUGCAUUAAAAUACAAUAACGUUAACUAUAAUCUUCCUAGAUCAGCCAUUCUUCAUCUGCUGAAGUUCUAAGUGACAAACUUCGCUUUCCUGCAUUCCUGAGGACGAUACCUAAUGAUGCCCAUCAGACCAGAGCAAUGGCUAAACUCAUUGAAACAUCUGGCUGGAACUGGAUUGGAAUGAUAGUCAUGGAUGAUGAAUAUGGUCGCUCAGCUUUAGAGAGCUUUGGAACACAGACUAUGACCAUCAAUGUAUGCAUUGCGUUUAAAGAAGUUAUACCUGCACAUUUAUCUGAUAGUACAAUACAAUCUAAGAUAGACGAAACAGUCAAAACAAUACAACAAGAAACCAGGGUAAAUGUUAUUGUUGCCUUUUUGAAACCUUCACUUUUAAUCAGACUGUUUAAAAAAGUAUUAGAAGUGGGAAUGCAAAAAACCUGGAUUGCGAGCGACAGCUGGUCUUCAGCUGUUGGAAUUAGUUCUAUUCCAAACAUCCACAGAAUUGGCCAAGUGAUUGGGUUUAUAUUUAAAAGUGGAGACACUUCAUCAUUUAACAAGUAUCUCAGAGAUCUAGACCACAAACAGUUUGAGGAGAAUCGACUUUUGGACCAAUAUGCUGCACUACUUUCUGAUUGCCCCAAAAUAAAAUUUAAUGAAUUAUAUAACUGCAUUACCAAUUAUUCAAAGGAGCAAGUAUAUAACAUAAAGAGGAACAAAUUCAAAACUUUAAGGGAGGAUUUUCUAUCUGCGAUGGUGCGGCCAGGGGUGGUUUACAGUACUCAACUAGCAGUAACUGCCAUUGCAAAUGCAAUUCGACAUAUAUGUGUGGACCGAAACUGCGCAAAUCCAACUGCUUUUGCUCCCUGGGAGGUAAACUGAUUACAUUAAAUGCUAUUUUUACCAAAUGCCAUAUUUAAAAUAUAUUACUAGAAAAUUAGAUUUCACUUUACUGAUUCAAAAUCUUGGAAUUUAAGAUUUAUGGUGAUGCAUAUUUCCAUUUAGACUAUAAAGCAUCAUACACAUUCUUUGUUUGUAAAUCUCUUUUCUAUGCUAUGCCUCGGGGUAACGGUACCAAGAAAUAUGUGGUUAUUUUGAAUACAAGAUAGCUGAACAUAUAUAAAUGCAUGCAGCUUGUGAGAGUUUACAGAAUUAAGCAACUGAGAGAAAAGAAAGGCAUUAUUGGUAACUAGUGAUGUCCCGAACUGUUCGCCGAAUGGUUCGCCACGAACGGUUCGCCGCGGGCUCAUCAUUGAGUAAACUUUGACCCUGUACCUCACAGUCAGCAGACACAUUCCAGCCAAUCAGCAGCAGACCCUCCCUCCCAGACCCCCCUACCUCCUGGACAGCAUCCAUUUUGAAGCUGCAUUCUUAGUGAGCUGUCCAGGAGGUGGGAGGGUCUGGGAGGGAGGGUCUGCUGCUGAUUGGCUGGAAUGUGUCUGCUGACUGUGAGGUACAGGGUCAAAGUUUACUCAAUGAUGAGUCCGCGGCGAACUGUUCGUGGCGGACCGUUCGCGAACCGUUCAGCGAACAGUUCGGGACAUCACUAUUGGUAACAUUAUAAGGAGGCAACAGGAGCAAAAUUGUGAGGGAUGCCACCUGAAAUUUUAUAUUUUGUCUCCUUUUCACUAUAUUGUGUCUCAUCCAAGAUAGGGUAGGGAGAUUAAUAUAACAUAGAUUACAUAUGCUAAGCAUCAAGUUAGAGCUCAGCUGAUUGCAUACAUGUAGAUAGAAGAGUCUGAUAACUAGGUAGUAUGAUAAAGCUUAGACUGAUAUGAAUACCUAGUUUGAAACAGAUACUAAACAGCGGAUAUGAUGGUAAUCUGCAUUACAUUGCAUUUAAAGAGAUGGUAUCUGGAAUCCCCUGGCACUGUUAAAACAUUUUCAAAUAGUUUGACACUGAAUGAGGACCCUGGGUGACCAUAACCUGGCCCAUUUGCACAGUUUAGCCAGAGUGGCUGACCACUCUCAUUCUAACAUAGCCACCCAUUUCUGGUGUUGCUAAGGAAGAGUUUAUUCUAUGACUUUUCUGUACCUCUAGUGGGGGCUUAGCUGUGGCAACCAAGGACCCUCAUUUAAUUUUGAGUCAAACUAUAUCAGUGUUACUCACUAUAAUUUAAAGUGAAUUAAAAGAGAAUUUCAAAGUGAAUGCCAAACUAGCCAAACUGAAAGCAUAACUGACCAAGAGAUUUUUUUUUGGUUUAGCUAUUUUGACCUUAAAUUUGAAAUUCACUUUGAAAUCCCUGCAAUUCUCAGUUAGUGAAUGUAUAUUUCCACAUUAUACUUGUUUCUUUCCAAUGAAAUAGCACUUUCACUUAGUAAUUCUCAAGUUCCAUCUCUUCAUUUGUUUUCUUUCUAUUAUAUUACUUUAUACCGUACCCCCUUUGUCUCUUUCUUCCUGUCUUUCUGGUAAUUUCUUUCCCUUCCUUAGGACAGUAAAUAAGCCUUGUGUACAGAAGGGAAACAACUCAAAGCAGCUGUCAUGAAAGUAUGCAAACAUAAUUUCUCCAUCUGUGUUACUGAAGUAAAAGUAGCAAGUUGCCAGAAACCCAUUUGUGAUUGACUCAGUUGCGGAACCAUGAUGGAGCUCAGCCUCCACUGGACCGCCAGGGAUCCUGCUCAUACCUUACUGGACCACCAGCCACACUUAGAAUAUCCUGUACAUACACAAACAAAAUUCAGCAACCACACACACAACACUCAACCAGCAUACACAGACAGUCAGCCACCAUGCAACUCUUGCCACACGCAAAUCCACCACUACACACUAUUACACCGCUCACAGAAUCAGAGCCCAAGGCUCUAGGGAGAGGUCCCAAUCUGGCAUCAUGCCUAGGGCCCUGGGCAACCUUGCACUGGCUUUUAGGAUAAUGAUCUUGACAAAGCUGACCAAGAAAAAAUUAUUUUAAGAAGCUCUGGAGAGUUUAAUAUGCAUAUUGUCUACAUAGGCGUGCGCACGGGGUGUGCCGGGUGUGCCUGGGCACACCCUAAUCCCCGUGCGCACGCCUAUGGUUUGAGUCCUGCAGGAACAGUGUUCCUGCACUUUUUUUGAGCAGGAACGCUGUUCCUGCAGGCACUCAGUGUCCCCUGUUUCACCUCUUGCCCCUGUCAUGGGAGGGCAAGAGGUGAUGAUUCCCCCCCCCCACCCUGCAGCUCAGCCGCGGCGAGGGAGCUCUCUGCUCUCUGCUUCCUCUCGCCGCGCGCUGAUGCCGGGAGCCGGAAUAUGACGUCAUAUUCCGGCUCCCAGCUCGAGCAGACAGCCCGCGCGGGGAGAGGAAGCAGAGAGCAGAGAGCUCCCUCGCCGCGGCUGAGCUGGAGAAAGGCGCCUGCCCCCACUGGACCCCAGGAACAAGUCCACCAGCACUCCUGGUAGAAGGUUGGGUGGACACUUAAAAUUUUUUUUUUAAAUAUAAUAAUUUGUGUGUGUGUGUGUCAGUGUGUGUGUGAGUAUGUGUGAGUGUGUGUCAGUGAGUAUGUGUCAGUGUGUGUGUGUGUGUGUGUCUGUGUGUGUCAGUGAGUGUGUGAGUAUGUGAGUAUGUGUCUGUGAGUGUGUGUGUCAGUGAGUGUGUGAGUAUGUGUCAGUGUGUGUGUGUGUGUCAGUGUGUGUCUGUAAGUGUGUGAGUAUGUGUGUGUCAGUGUGUGUGAGUGUGUCUGUGAGUGUGUGUGUAUAUAUAUAUGUAUAUAUGUAUAUAUAUAUAUAUAUAUAUAUAUGUGUAUAUAUAUAUAUAUAUAUAUAUACACACACACACGCGGCGUAUGUUUGUGCUUUAGGGUGCACACCCUAAUGCAAUAGGCUGCGCACGCCUAUGAUUGUCUAGUGAAAAAAAAAUCUAUACCUAGAUAUACCUAUGUUGGUGAAGGUUCCUGGUGCUAUAUUUAUUCUAUAUAGCAUCACCCUGAACUGGAAAUGCAAACCUGCAUUGGUGAAUUUUAUGGUGGCGUUGUAAGAUAGGGAUAUGAUAAUAGGUGUCUUUCUAAUUAAAGAUGAGCCAUGCAUCUACAAUGACUUAAAAUUCUUAAGAUUAAGUUACUUGUUAAAUUUGAAAAGAUAGGUGUCAAGUUCUAGUUCCCUUGGGGAAGAAUAAGCGUAGGAAUACACACCAGAGAACAUUUUUUAUUGGAAAAAGAACAAUAAGUCUGAUUUUGAGGAGUGUGAAUACAUAUUCAGGCAAGGCUGUCCUUUUGUUUUCAUGAUGUAUUCUGGUUUUGGAAGAAGGACAUCUAAAUGCUAUCUUGCCCGUUGUUAAUGGCAUUAAACAAUCUUGCUCAUGUUUUGUGACAACCAAAAUUGUCUAAAAAGCCAUAAAAGGAAUAGGACCCAUUAGCUCUGGAACAUCUUGCAAAAUCUGAUUUGUCUCUUCUCAAGGACUCAGACCUUGAUUAUUCUGGACAUGGGCUAUAGGAUCUUGAAUCCCUGUAGGCAUCAGACUAUCUCUAAAAUCUCUUCUCGAACAGCUUUUGCCUGGAGUAAAGUCAGUGGGCCUUAAACCAAAAUAAACAAAUGAAUAGGGCUAAUGAGAAAAUAUGGCAAAGUCAGUGGCGUACACACAAUCCAUGGGGCCCCAGUGCGAAACUGAUCUGUGGGCCCCUCCCUCCCCUAUUCUCUCCCACCCCCUUCUCUAUUCCCCGACAGACACACACAUACAUAGACACACACACACACAUACAUACAAACAGACAGGCACACAUAUAUACAUACAGACAGACACACACACACCCAUACAUACAGACUGACACACACACACAUACAGACAGACACACAGACACAUACAUAUAGGCACACACAGACAGGCAGACACAGACAGACAGACACACAUACAUACAUACACAUACAUACGACGCACAUACAUACACGACGCACAACACACACAAUAUUUAAGUCACCCUCCUGUUUCUUACCUUUUAGGUGCAGGAGGGUGACUGGGGUCCAGUGGUGGCUCAGGUGGAUGGGAGUCAGAAUUCCCACUCUGACUCCCUGGUCUUCCUACUGCGCUGCUCUCAGUGUUAGCUGGGAGGAGUGGCGUGCAGUCACUUCCUCCCAGCUCGGUGUGAUGUAAUCACAGGGGGCCCGGUCGUGCUGUUAAAGCGCCCAGCGCAGACCGGGCUCCCUUACAAUCUAUAUUCCUUCAGGUGGCCCUGACAGCAUGGGCCACCCGCUGGACCCCUUGGACGGCAGCCCCGGCAGUUUGCCGCGCCGGCCGGGGCCGCAAAAGAUAAUGGUGGGUUCUGCAUAAACAGAAACAAAGUGAUUUAACUCCUAAAUGAAAGUGAAUUGAGCAGUGAAAUUGCAGGGGAAUGAUCUAUACACUAAAACUGCUUUAUUUAGCAAAAGUAAUUUAGGUGACUAUAGUGUUCCUUUAAUUAUUAUUUUAUGAGAAAUGGGACUUUCCCUUAGAAACUGCAUGUGGAAGCAUAAUAUAGAAUAGACUGACAUUUAGCAUUAUUAGAACCUCUUUUCUGGUCUUUUUUUGUAGGCAGACAUUGUGCCAGGGAACUUGGGUAAAUCUUGA